AGAGAGGAGAGGACACCAGCAGUGAAGUGAAGCUUUAGUCAGGACGCGGGAACCUCCAGAGUCAACAUCUGACACCAAGGACCUGAAGAAAAACAGCACAAACCUUGACUGACUCACACACUCGCAGGGACGUGCAAACCUGCGUGAUUGGCUCGGAAAAGACCACAAACAUGUUCGAGGAGCAGGCGACCAAGGUCAAAAUCACAUCCGUGGUGAUCGUCGUCGGCAUGUCAGCAAUGCUGGCGGCGGUGGUGACUGACCACUGGGCUGUGCUUAGCCCCCGGGUGGAGAAGCUCAACGCCACCUGCGAGGCGGCCCACUUUGGCCUCUGGAGGCUCUGCAAGAAGAGCAUCUUCAUCGUGGAAGAGGACCCUCAGGGUAAAGGCUGCGGGCCAAUCAGCUUACCUGGAGCAAAAAACUGCUCCUACUUCAAACACUUUACGUCGGGGGAGGAAGCUGAAGUUUUUGAAGUCAAGACCCAGAAAGAGUACAAUAUCUCAGCAGCAGCCAUUGCCAUCUUCAGUCUGUUCUUCAUGAUCCUGGGCACCCUGUGUGUAAUCUUCUCCUUUGGGAAAGGGCGGGACUAUCUGCUCCGGCCUGCUGGGAUGUUUUUUGCCUUUGCAGGCCUUUGCAUCAUCAUCUCUGUCGAAGUAAUGCGCCAGUCUGUGAAGCGCAUGAUCGCCAGUGAUGAGACCAUCUGGAUUGAAUACUACUACUCCUGGUCAUUUACCUGCGCCUGUGCCUCCUUUACACUGCUCAUCCUCAGUGGAGUCGCCCUGCUCCUCAUCUCCAUGCCUCACAUGCCACGUAACCCCUGGGAGACAUGCAUGGACGCUGAGCCUGACACCUUAGAUUAGCCACAGGUGAUGUAACAGCUAUAUCUUUAAAAAAAAGAAAAAACACACACACUCGCUCACACACAAACAACUGUAACUAUAACCAACUUUGCUCUGAAAGGAGAUGUUUUCUCUUUCUGUUAUUAUUGCGAUCAAUUUUCCAAAGCAUUAAAAGAUUUUCUGCAUCAUUUCUCAUGAUCACAUCCAUUGGUUUCAUUCAGUGUUUACCAAAAUAUUAACACAAAAUAUCAACACAUUGUAGAACAAUUGGGACCAAGAACUGUUUAAAAGUAGGUAAGUUAUAUCUGAGAUGUGAGACUGAUUUGCCAAGACUCAUCUUUCUGUAUUUCUAAAAGCUCCUAUUACUUUUUUCAUAAAAUUCAUAUUUUCAAGUAACUAUGACUUAUGUUACGGUACCAGAUCAGCCAUGAAAGAAGUAAAUAUCGUUGUGACAAUAAAUAAAUCAAUGAUUGGCAAAAGCUGUGUGACAUCUGAAGAGUGGAUUCCUUCAAACAGUCCCAGGCUUUUUUUCGCCAUUUUUGUCUGUAUGUCAACCAGUAAAUCAUUCCUGAAAUGUUACUGCAUUAAAGGAAAUUAAGUCUGAAGUUUUUCUGCUUAGCAUAUAUUUGGCUAGUGCCGACAUGUCAGCAUCUUUCACACAGACUACAGGCAGCCAAGACAGUGUCUUACUGACCAAAGCAAUUGUAAGGAGGAUUUUGGUGCGACACUGUAUAGUUCUGUGUGACCAAUUUACCCUAGUGACAGCCAGAAACCUCGAGCAACAAUUCACCAAUCAGUCAGGCACCAGUGGUUGCUAGGCCGUCACCAUCUGGUCUCAAGGCCUGUGUGACUGGGUCUUCAGGGGUCACUGUCAAGAGCCUAUAUAAUGCCAGGUUUUAAUGAGGUGUAAAUAUAAUAGAUCAGCAGUUUGAUUUUUUAAUACUGGAUAUUGGAUCGCUAUAACUGAGGAAUGAAUCAGUCUAAAGUAUUAUGGUAUGCUUUGUACAAAUGUGGAAGAAGUAACACAUUUAAAAAAAAAACCCAUCUGGAAUGCUCUUUAUGUCCUGUGUAGACAGAUUCUUUUUCAUUUGUACAUCACAUUUAGUUGUUUGUGACACAUUAGCCUGUAAAGAAGUCCAAACUGCUGGGCAGUUACAUAUACAUUCAUAAUGUAUCUGGUCAUCGGUGAUUUAUCUGACACCAGUACUGCCCAACUGCAGUAAAUCUAGUCCUUAUUAAAGUAAGAUCCUUUUCAAAUGCAUUAUUAUACUGAAAAUCAACAAAUAAAUCAGAAAAAGAAAGACUGACUUUUUUUGUCUUUUAAGAAAGACUGAACUAAAUCUGUACCCCACCACAACAGAUAGGAAGAGUGAGCUUACACGCUUAAAUGAGUUGUAAUGGUCGGCAGCCUUUUCAUUCCUCCAACUUUCUACAAUCGAUCUAUGCCAUUGAUCAUCGUAAGAGAGACACCGUAUCCCGGAUACUCCCUCGUUGACAUAAGUCAUUGAUUUUUGAGUCACUGUUCAAGAUCCCUAGUGAUUUAGGCCUAGCAGCUCUGAUCCAUACUGUUGUCAAUAAUAUCUGCUGAACCUCUGGCCUGUGCUUUGUAUGUUAGAAAUGUUCUGUUGUUAGUCGAGAUCCAGAAAAAAGUAGUUAAAACACUGCAAACAUCAAUUUUAAGAACAUCGCUGAUUAUUUAUAUAUAACAGCAAUAUCUUACUCGAUAUAUAAAGAAUUUGGGUGGUGGUCCCAAUACUUAGUUUCAGGUAUGUAAGCUAAACAGUUAUCCUAGAAUAAAAUGCUGGACUGAUCUUCUAAACUUGAAAACUAGUGACACACUAUAAGAACAAUGUGGUUUCUUUUCUUCAGUUGUCUGCACGAGUGAUGGGCAAGGUGUCUGUGCAGUCACAUUAUGGGAACCAGCAGAACACAGCAAGAUCAAAACCAUACAGUGUUCAAUGAAUGCUGUAUAAUUUAUUGAAUGAACUGGGGGAUCAGGUCUGCAACCAAUCGCACUCAGUUACUUUGGUGCAUCAAGACGGUGAUAAAAUGGCAAUAAGAUGGAGUCAAUCUGUUAUCAGUUUGCAGCUGAAUAGGUUCAAGUUGGCAGUUGCAUCUGUUUGUGAUAAUAUGGCAAUCACAAAUGUGUUACCGUAUGCUGCAAACCUGUUGUUUAUGCACACAGAAAUUCAUAUUAACUACUUACAUUCAGAAUUCAUCCAGAACCUCGUAGAUAUGAAAGAGACAUUCACAAAUAGUGACAUAUAGUGACAUAGUUGCUGCUGGACAGCAAUCUACCAGCAGCAUGACAUACGCCCUCGGCAACGUCACGUUUAUAUAAGAAUAUAACCAGAAUAAAACCAGUUGGCAACCAGCUGAGUCGUGUCCCCUGUUGACUGAAAUGUUUUGGCAAUCUGUCUGUGUUUAUGAAUUAGAAGGCAAUUAUUUGCACUCAGUCCAAGUUAGACCGCAGUUACUUGGAGACCAGUUUCCUCCCACCAGGUAGCCUGUGCAAUCAUCCUGAAAGUGGUCACGGAAAGUGGUCACCAAGAGGUUUAGGGUGUUGCACGUUCAACCUCUGAGCAACCAGCAGGUCAUCACAGCUACUUGCAAGCUUAGUCUCCAAAUAAAACCGGCCCAAAAAAGAUAAAAAUCUGUGCAAUCACCAGGCAACCGCUGAUUUUAACCAGUCAUUUACGAGUAUACAGGUUGCCAUACUAUUUUUACUCUAGUGUGACUAAGCCAUAACAGCAGCUCCAGCCUAUCAAUCCACUGCUUAUUUAUUAACUAUUUAGGGGAUUGUCACUUACAACUUAUCAGUUGUGAACAUUUAAAAAUCUACAUUAAUUUAUUAAUAAUAAUUAUUAUAAUUUAUCAAUAGUCCUAGUGCUACCUAACAACAGCUGGUUGCAUUAACAAGUGACAAAAACUGUCCAAACCGAAGAGCCAAAGCUUUUGUCUACCUUUAAAUGGGAUCGGCCAUCGCUCCAGUUUUGCUCCAGAUAGUAAUGUUUUUUUAAAAGAAAAAAGAAAAAAAGAGGAAGACCAUUAAGACUUUUUUUUUCAUUCCAAUGCAGUAUUCACAUUUUUGUUGGGAUUAUUUUCCAUUAUGGGGUCACAAAUAUUUAGAAUAAGUCGUGUUUUUUUUAAAGUAUUGUCAUUGAAUGUAAAAUAGUAAUUCGAAUGAUGAUGAAGAAUUUUAUAUCUUAGCUGUCUAAAGAAAACCGUGAUCGGAAAGAUGUGGCUUUUUAUUCAGUUUCACAGAUGAAAUGAAUCAGAGAUGAUCUCUGCAACAACAAAAACUCCAAUGUCUGAUUUUACCUGACGGCAGUCGUUUUGUAACAAAAUGUUAACCAAAAAAAAAAAAACUGUCUACAUCUUAUAUGUUAUUUCUCAGUGAGUCACUCAGCCACGGAGUUAUUCAGCUGGUGCAGGUACAGCAAAAUUAAAGAUCCCUGAAUGAUGAUGCUUCACUCAAGAACACAAGAAGACAUUAUUACUUUUAUCUCUGAGGUCUUUCUGAGAAAGAACAAUCCCAUUUUCCUUACACCAGUACGAUAUCCACGUUUGUAUUUUAGGAUUAUUAAAUAAAACUUGCAUGUAUCUUCAUUUUGUUAACUACUAAUGAGGAUGUGAAAUGAUCCUGUGAGUGAAUCUGGCCAAAGAAUGACUCAAGACAUGUAUUUAAUCAUAAUAAUAAUAAUAACAAUAAUAAUAAUAAUAAUAUGCAUAAUAAAGCAUUUAUACCAGUUCUGUGAAAAAAGACUGACUCAGUGUUAUUACAGUAAUUAUAUAAACAAGGUGAUUUUUACUUUUGAUUUGUAAAAUUGCUCUUAUAUGUCAGUGAUUAGCUUUUUUAAAAGAAUAAGAUCAUGUUCAUCAAAAAGUUGAGUAAAGCUUUUUAAUUCUUUGUUUUUGUGCAAGUGAAUGUUGAAUUUUUACAUUUUUGGGGGGCAUAUUCUUCCACAUUGACCUUCAAAUGUCUACUAAUUUAUUACUCAUGCUUAAUCAUGUUAGUUCCUCUGUACUUACAUUGCUGUUGAAAUCAUAUUAACACUAAUAAAACAGGGCCUUUCCCUCCUAUUAUGUUUUGAUAUGUUUAGCUGUAGAGUGACAAAGUGGAUUGUUUAUUUAUUUCAAAAUAAAAGUGGUAUUUUAAGUCC